UCAAAGCUUGAAUUAGGUUUCCGAUCGUCCCCGAUUUGGUUCUGCUUCUCGUUUCGUGAUCCAUCGACGACUGUGGUUUAGGUUUAGGGUAUAGAUUUCACCAUGUCAGAUUCCGAUUCUUCCUCUUAUGGCGGCGAAUACAAAAACCUCAAACAAAUUAGUCGCGAGAGAUUAUUACAUGAAAUGCUCAGGUCAGCGAAAACAGGGGAUUCAAAAUCUACAUGGAAGGUACUAAUAAUGGACAAACUUACUGUUAAGAUAAUGUCACACUCUUGCAAGAUGGCGGAUAUCACUGAUGAAGGCGUUUCAUUGGUUGAAGACAUAUACAAGCGAAGGCAGCCUUUGCCCACCAUGGAUGCUAUAUACUUCAUCCAGCCAACCAGAGAGAAUGUAAUAAUGUUUUUGUCAGACAUGUCUGGAAGAAAACCUUUAUACAGGAAAGCAUUUGUUUUCUUUAGUUCACCUAUUGCCAAAGAAUUGGUGUUGGAGAUUAAGAAAGAUACACUGGUUUUGCCUCGCAUAGGUGCUUUAAGAGAGGUGAAGUUUUGUUUUUGUUUUUUAAAUAUUUAUGAACUAUAUUUUAAAAUGAAUAUUUGUCGAAAACAAUUUCAUAUCUUGCUUAUUGUGAUUUUUUCCUUUCACUGUGCAUGGCAGAUGAAUUUAGAAUAUUUUGCCAUCGACAGUCAGGGUUUCAUUACAAACAAUGAGAGAGCUUUAGAGGAGCUAUACGGGGACGAGGAGAACAAUAAAAAAGCUGUUGCAUGUUUGAAUGUGAUGGCUACUCGAGUUGCUUCUGUUUUUGCUUCAUUAAGAGAAUUUCCUUUUGUUCGCUUUCAUGCUGCCCGGUCACUAGAUGCAAACACAAUGACUACUUUUCAUGAUCUUAUUCCUACAAAGCUUGCUGCUGGUGUCUGGGACUCUCUUAUGAAAUAUAAAAAAAGUAUACCUAAUUUUCCUCAGACUGAGACAUGUGAGCUGCUUAUCAUUGAUAGAACUAUCGAUCAGAUUGCUCCUUUGAUACAUGAAUGGACUUAUGAUGCAAUGUGCCAUGAUUUGUUGAAUAUGGAGGGAAAUAAAUAUGUUCAUGAGAUUCCUGGCAAGAAUGGUGGUCAACCUGAGAGAAAAGAGGUUCUGUUGGAAGAUCAUGAUCCUAUAUGGCUUGAACUUCGUUAUGCACAUAUUGCCGAUGCUAGUGAACGGUUGCAUGAGAAAAUGACCAACUUUAUUUCAAAGAAUAAAGCUGCACAGAUCCAACAUGGUUCAAGGGGUAGUGGUGAAAUGUCAACAAGGGACUUACAGAAGAUGGUUCAAGCACUUCCACAAUACAGUGAACAAAUCGACAAGCUCUCCCUCCAUGUAGAGAUUGCAGGAAAAGUUAACAGAAUUAUUAGGGAGUCAGGACUUCGGGAACUUGGGCAGCUAGAGCAAGAUCUUGUUUUUGGAGAUGCAGGAAUGAAAGAUGUAAUCAAGUUUCUGACUAUGAAAGAAGAUACAUCCCGUGAAAACAAGUUGCGAUUGUUGAUGAUUCUGGCAGCCAUAUAUCCUGAAAAAUUUGAGGGUGAAAAGGGUCAUAAUUUGAUGAAGGUGGCGAAAUUGACAAAUGAUGAUGCGAUUGCUAUAAAUAAUUUGAGAGUGCUUGGGGGAGAACCUGAUGCCAAAAAAACUUCAACUAGUGGCUUUGCUCUUAAGUUUGAUAUGCACAAGAAAAAGCGUGCAGUAAGGAAAACUCGUGCAGGAGAAGAAGAGACAUGGCAGCUAUCACGCUUUUAUCCCAUAAUUGAGGAACUCGUUGAAAAAGUUAGCAAAAAUGAACUAUCGAAUGAAGAUUAUCCAUGUCUAAAUGAUCCAAGCCCAUCUUUCCAUGGUGCACCAUAUGCUGGAUCCGCAAUUCAAAAUCCUCCUGCUCAUUCUCUUAGAUCAAGGAGAACUCCAACUUGGGCCCGGCCUCGGGGAUCCGAUGAUGGAUAUUCAAGCGAUUCGGUGCUUAAACAUUCAUCUAGUGAUUUCAAGAAGAUGGGGCAAAGAAUAUUUAUAUUCAUUGUUGGUGGAGCGACUAGAUCUGAGCUUAGGAUUUGCCAUAAGCUUACUAGUAAGCUGAAGAGGGAAGUUAUUCUGGGCUCGUCAAGUCUGGAUGACCCUGCACAAUUUAUUACGAAAUUGAAGAUGCUAACAAUGCCUCAAGAACUCUCAUUGGACGAUCUCCAGAUAUGAUGUUAUCGAUUGGAAUCUGGAUGAUGGUCUGCUUGUCAAAUAUAUGUUGUAUUCAUAAAGAUUAUUCAUCUGAAUAUAACAAAUUCUUUGGACAUUUAAACUGUGGUUCAACCGGGCCACUGAAUAUCAUACUGUGCAUAUGUUAGGAAUCGUUCAUUGAUUAGAGAGAAUUUACUUUCUGAAAAGUAUUGUGGUAAAUGAGAAUCAGUAAAACAACACUUCAUUGUAAGGGGAAAAAAUGUACGGCUGAAUUUGUACUGAAUUGAUGGCAUAGUAUGAACUGGGUACUAAAUAGUAUGGGUUGAUUUAUA